AUGCACGGCCAUUUCAAUAACACAACCACUUCGUGGGCUCCAGGCAACGACGUGCAAAAUACUCCGGAGUCAUUCCACGACCAUCAGCAACAAGCCGACGAUUUCUCAACUUCCUCCUCAGAGACUUAUCAAGGAGACGCCACAACUUCCAUCGUCAAACAAUGGGACAUUCAUACGGAUGAACACUAUCAGAGUGAUUCCCUACUCGCAGCCCGACGAGCACAAUCGCCGCCACCAGUAUACAGCCUCCCCAAACCAUCUCCAGUAACAUGGCUUUCCUUGCCGCGAAAAGGGCAGCUUGUUUUGCUGGGACUAUGUCGGGUGUUUGAUUUCUUACAGAUAUCCUCACUGCAAGCCUAUAUGUUCUAUCAACUAAAGUCUUUUGACCCUGAACUCUCCGACGCGGAUAUAUCCACACAAGCUGGUAUACUACAAGGAGCAUUUACUGCUGCGCAGUUCGCUACUGCUGUUGCUUGGGGUCAAGUUGCAGAUGCGCAAUGGGGUGGCCGAAAAUUCGUGCUGCUUGUUGGUCUGCUGGGAACGGCUCUUUCGUGCCUAGGAGUUGCUUUUUCAACAUCUUUCGGGCAAGCAGUGUUUUGGCGUUUGUUCGGCGGUGCGAUUAAUGGCACUGUUGGCAUCAUUCGCACUAUGAUCUCAGAGAAUGUCAAGGAAAAGAAGUAUCACUCUCGUGCAUUUUUGAUUUUGCCUAUUGGGUUCAAUAUCGCAGCACUAUUUGGACCAGUGAUGGGCGGGUGGUUGUCUGAUCCAGUUGCUAUUUAUCCAGGUCUAUUUGGCGUGAAUUCGGUAUUUGGAGGUGCUUCGGGCGUUCAGUGGCUGAUGAAAUAUCCAUAUGCCCUGCCCAUGCUAGCAAAUUUCUUUUUCAUGGUCUCUUGUGCCACUCUAGUAGCUGUUGGCCUGGAAGAGACGCUAGAAGCAUGCAAAGGCAGGCCUGGGUGGUGGUUCUAUCUUCUCAAGCUGUUACGCCGACUCGUUGGUGGCGUGAAAUCGCCUUCAACGGCUGAAUACUCCAGUAUUCCUGUCCGUGAUGGAGACGAUGAAGACGGCCCCCUAGUUCAUGUACAGAAAGACCCCGAAAACGAGCUUGAGCAAGGUAAUAUUCCGAGAAAGCCCUCCCUUGUGCUGCCGUUCCGAAGAAUAUGGACAAAGAAUGUGAUAGCCACCUUAACAGCACAAGCUUUUUUCGAUUUCCAAAUGGGUGCUUUCAAUAAUCUGUGGUUGCUUUUCCUGUCAACACCUCGCUAUGAUCCCAAUGACCCGAAUAUUCACACCCAAAGUCCACCCUUCAUCUUCACUGGAGGCUUAGGUAUGUCCCCACAAGAUGUGGGGCUCGCAACAUCUAUUCUCGGAAUAAUUGGCAUGGUGCUCCAAUUCACUGUCUAUCCCACCAUCCAAGGUCGUCUGGGCACAACGAAGAGUUACCAGUACUUCCUUGCCCUGUUCCCAGUUGCCUAUGCCUUAGCACCCUACAUCUCUCUUGUAUCGUCAUCUACUGGUUCUCCAACGGAACCAAACGGGACGUGGGUCUGGUUAUCCAUAAUCAUAAUCCUCUUUUUGCAGGUCAUGUCCCGCACGUUUACGCUGCCUACCUCAAUUAUCUUGCUUAACAACUGUUGCUCCCAUCCCUCAGUUUUAGGGACGGUUCACGGACUUGGACAGGCGACUUCUUCCGCCUUUAGAACAAUCGGCCCAAUCGCUUCCGGUUUGUGGUAUGGAUAUGGGCUCGAAAUUGGGGUCAUUGGGUUUUCGUGGUGGCUUGUCGCUCUUGUCUCGGUGUUUGGGUGCGUGGCUGCAGUGUUUGUUUACGAAGGCUCAGGCCAUGAGAUUAUUCUCCCGGGCGAAGAGGGGAUCGAGCUUGAACGUCGAUAA